GCGUGCUCAUUUGAACAAGAGGAACCGCUACGAAGCACGGGAGAAGAGCGGCCCAGUACCGAUUGUUCAGCUUUCAAGUAAAUAUUGAUGGAGUGGCAGCCAGAUGAGCAGGGACUUCAGCAGGUCCUCCAGCUGCUCAAAGACUCCCAGUCGCCCAACACAGUCACACAGAGAGCUGUCCAACAAAAACUUGAACAACUCAACCAGUUCCCCGACUUCAACAACUAUCUCAUCUUUGUGCUCACAAGACUCAAAACUGAAGAUGAACCGACUCGCUCACUGAGUGGUCUGAUACUGAAGAACAAUGUCAAGGCCCACUACCAGAACUUCCCUCCAGCUGUGGCGGACUUCAUCAAGCAGGAAUGCCUCAACAACAUUGGCGAUCCCUCGCCGCUCAUCCGUGCCACCAUUGGCAUCCUGAUCACGACUAUUGCCUCCAAAGGAGAGCUACAAACAUGGCCUGAGCUGCUGCCUCAACUCUGUAACUUGCUCAACUCGGAAGACUACAACACUUGUGAGGGCUCCUUUGGCGCGCUGCAGAAGAUCUGUGAGGACUCGUCGGAGCUGCUGGACAGCGACGCUCUGAAUAGACCCCUCAACAUUAUGAUACCUAAGUUCCUUCAGUUCUUCAAGCAUUGCAGCCCCAAGAUUAGGUCUCAUGCUAUAGCCUGUGUCAACCAGUUCAUCAUUGGCAGAGCUCAGGCGCUGAUGGACAACAUCGACACCUUCAUAGAGAGCCUGUUUGCGCUGGCAGCAGAUGAGGACUCUGAGGUCCGAAAGAACGUGUGCCGAGCCCUGGUGAUGCUGCUGGAGGUCCGCAUCGACCGCCUCAUCCCCCACAUGCACAGCAUCAUCCAGUACAUGCUGCAGCGGACCCAGGACCCUGAUGAGAAUGUGGCUCUGGAGGCCUGUGAGUUUUGGCUGACGCUGGCAGAGCAGCCCAUCUGUAAAGAGAUGCUGUCCGGACACCUGGUGCAACUGAUCCCGAUAUUGGUGAAUGGGAUGAAGUACUCUGAGAUAGACAUCAUACUACUGAAGGGCGAUGUGGAGGAGGACGAGGCGGUACCAGACAGCGAUCAGGACAUCAAGCCCCGUUUCCACAAGUCACGCACUGUCACCUUGCAGCACGAAGGAGGCGAAGGAGAGGAGGGCGAGGACAUCGAAGAGGACGACGACGACGAUGACGACACGCUGUCUGACUGGAACCUGCGAAAAUGUUCUGCCGCGGCCUUGGACGUACUGGCGAACGUGUUUCGCGAUGACUUGCUCCCCCACCUCCUGCCGCUCCUGAAAGGCCUGCUCUUCCACCCAGACUGGGUCAUCAAGGAGUCUGGCAUCCUGGUGUUGGGGGCCAUAGCUGAGGGCUGCAUGCAGGGCAUGGUGCCCUACCUGCCGGAGCUGAUCCCUCACCUCAUCCAGUGUUUGUGUGACAAGAAGGCCCUGGUUCGCUCCAUUGCCUGCUGGACCUUGAGUCGCUAUGCACACUGGGUGGUCUCCCAGCCCCCUGACUCCUACCUCAAACCCCUUAUGACGGAGCUUCUGAAGCGCAUCCUGGACAGCAACAAGAGGGUGCAGGAGGCCGCCUGCAGUGCAUUUGCCACCCUGGAGGAGGAGGCGUGCACGGAGCUGGUGCCCUACUUGAGCUUCAUCCUGGACACGCUGGUCUUUGCCUUUGGGAAGUACCAGCACAAGAAUCUCCUCAUCCUGUAUGAUGCCAUAGGAACUCUGGCAGACUCUGUUGGUCACCACCUCAAUCAGCCGGAGUACAUUCAGAAGUUGAUGCCUCCCCUUAUUGCCAAGUGGAACGAGCUGAAGGACGAAGACAAGGAUCUUUUCCCACUGCUUGAGUGUCUGUCGUCGGUAGCCACAGCCCUGCAGAGCGGCUUCCUGCCUUACUGCGAGCCGGUCUAUCAGCGCUGUGUCACACUGGUCCAGAAGACGCUGGCUCAGGCCAUGAUGUACAACCAGCAUCCGGACCAGUAUGAGGCCCCUGACAAGGACUUCAUGAUCGUGGCUCUGGAUCUGCUGAGCGGCCUGGCUGAGGGUUUGGGAGGCCAUGUGGAGCAGCUGGUGGCUCGCUCUAACAUCAUGACCUUGCUUUUCCAGUGCAUGCAGGACACGAUGCCUGAGGUGAGGCAAAGCUCCUUUGCUCUGCUGGGGGAUCUAACCAAGGCGUGCUUCCUGCACGUGAAGCCUUGCAUUGCUGAGUUCAUGCCUAUCCUUGGGCUCAACCUGAACCCAGAGUUUAUCUCAGUGUGUAACAACGCCACCUGGGCCAUUGGAGAGAUCUCCAUGCAGAUGGGCACAGGUGUCAAGCAGCAAACAGGCAAUUGUCCAGGUGCAGAGAUGCAGCCUUACGUGGGCAUGGUGUUGCCUCACCUGGUGGAGAUCAUCAAUAGACCCAACACACCCAAAACUCUGCUGGAAAACACAGCCAUCACCAUCGGCCGACUGGGUUUCGUGUGUCCCCAGGAAGUAGCGCCACAGCUGCAGCACUUUAUUAGACCAUGGUGUACAUCGUUGAGGAAUAUCAGAGAUAAUGAGGAGAAGGACUCGGCUUUCCGCGGAAUCUGUGUCAUGAUCGGCGUCAACCCUGCAGGAGUCGUGCAGGACUUCAUUUUCUUCUGUGAUGCUGUGGCCUCCUGGGUGAACCCCAAGGACGACCUGAGAGACAUGUUUUAUAAGAUCCUGCACGGCUUCAAGGACCAGGUGGGAGAGGAGAACUGGCAGCAGUUCUCUGAGCAGUUCCCUCCUCUGCUGAAGGAGCGCCUGUCGGCCUGCUACGGUGUCUAACCCGACCCCUCCUCGGUCCACACAGGACGCCGACCUGUUAGGUUAUGAAGGGGAGGGUAACUGGGGAACUCAUUGCACUGCCCAGAUGGUGGGGAGAAACUAGAGCUGGAGGGAUGUGACUGGCCUUGACCCUCCACUCUGCGGACGGCCUCCUUUCCCCUGCGCCCUGUGUGUCUCUGUGAGGGAGGGUGGGGGGAGGGUACACUGGGGAUAUACAUAUACCUCUCGGAUUAAACGCCUCACUAAAUCCAACACACUCAAAAGUGACUCUGGCCAACAGCACCGCAGGGAUCCUAGGUAGGCGAGGGCAAAUAGGGACCGAGUUUGACCUCCCCCUCCUCGAUUUGAUUAUUCUGUUGAUAGAUGACGGCUGGGAGGGGAGGGGGGUGGCAGAUAGGUACAUAAAAAGGAAUUAUCUGAACCAGCAUAGGGUGCCACAGUCCCAACACCACGUAGUCCGUAGAACGACUCCGUAGUCGUGUAACAGGCUUGUGCCAGAGGCUAGACAUAAACAGACGCUUUGACUAUGUAACACGUGCACAAAGUACUUUGCACCUUUUACUGCAUAAACCAUUCGAUGUGCAUAUACAUGGGUCUUUUUUCAUAUGUACAUUUAGCUGAAUUUAAUUUCCUUCCUCAUCCCUUAGUUGCUGAAUUCCUCUCGAGUUGUAGGUUUCUUUCCCUCAUCAGAGGACAAUAAAAAAGAUGCAGUACAUCUUUCCUUUCUACCACCGCAGCACCAACACAUCGCAUGGCCUCUGAUCGCCUCGAAGUGACGCAUGUCUGAGUGGAUGUCUGCUGUCUUCAUGGUCAGCGGGGGAGGCUGCCAUAGUCUGAAGCCGUCAGGUGCUCGGUUCUUUCGUCUUGCCACUCAUGCAUGUCGUCUCGUCGAUGGCCGUGUAGCUUCCUGGAGGCAGUGUGUGAAAGCCCGCCUGCAGGCACGUCGACGCAGGAAUCGGCUCCCGUGUGACUGUUUGGAGUUCACACACUGGAGGCAGGCCGAGAAUCAUAUUUGCUGCUUCUUUCUUUUAGAUUAUUUACACAAACGUAACGAGAGCGAUAAGACAUCACCAAGAAUGAAUUGGUUCUUACCGGUAUAAAUGCACUUUUUCUUUUUGUAAGAAAUGUAGAAUUUCUAAUGUAAGGCGUACAGUAACGAUGUACUGAACUUGAGACAUAGGUUUUUGAUAAGUGAUUUUAGGACUGUUAAUGGCUUGCUACAUUAAGCGUAAUGAUAUUGUUAAGCAAUGGUAAAAUGACUUGGUAAGACUUGAGGCCUCUUAAUCAUAGUUUUAUAAUGUAGCUCCUUCUAAAAUGGACUGAAUAGGAUUUAAGAAGAGGGAGGCGUUCUGACAGUAUUCUGGAUCCAUGUCCCACUGCGCCUGUCGCUCCAUGUCUGUCCAUCAGCGCUUCAUGUUCAGAACCAUCGUGAACACUGCAUGCUUCUUGACAGGUCUUGCUGUUUUUUUCUGUUAGACGUUUUUAUAACGGAUCUCUUUGUAGGGUCCACCUUAUAAGAGCUUUGUCGACUCGCUGCUGGACUAAUAAGGUACUUCUCCAGCUUCUGAUCAAACUAGUGAUUGUUGUUGCCAUAUAUACACCCGUCGAUACUGUGUAGGAAAUGCUGGGAAAACCCUGAGUCCUGAUAGUUGUCCCCCGACACUGGUUAGCGUCUGAAGGAGUGGGGGUCUCUAUUCGGCUUUAUCUUUUAGUCCUUGUCCAUAGUGGACGCUUGUGAUGGAGGUGUGUCUGGCUGUGUGCCUGCUGGUGUUUUACUAUAAAGGUGUGUCCACAAGUACUUGUUAGACAUCGUUUGGCACCGGCCCUAGUCUGAAGUCUUCUGGGAGUGUAGUCUGAGUCGUGCCUGUUGAUGUGGCCUCAGAGUAUCAGCAUCUGCCGUCAGGUAGCAGUUUGUCAGGAUGUACGAAGCUCGUAAGAUCAAGACUGAUGGAAAACACUCUGAUCUGAUCCUGCCUGGCUACAGAAGCAUUAAUACCCGUUUGUAUCUGCAGAUCACGUGUUUGAUAGAACAAGCUUUAAGCGGAGACACUACAGGGGAUCAAGGUUUACCUGAUGUCACCAUGAAGCGUUCCCUGGUGGGGAGUCACGAUGGCAUGGUUAGGCUCUGUGAAAUGUUAUGGUUUACAUUUCCAGAAACGGUGCCGGUGGAUUAGAUCAGGUUCACAGGCCUUGUUUCAUUUUGUUGACCUAACGAAGCCCACAGUAGAAAGCUUCAGUGUAUCGAUGGAAUAAAACAGGGACGUUUGUGUGUCGGUGCUCUGAAGUGCAGGCAGAAUUCAGAGAAAAUGCCUUAAAUAUAUGAUUUGUGAUAGAAAUCUACAGGUGCAAAUACAGGAAACGUGCUAAAAUAUACGUGUAGAUGUGUAUUUUGGAUGUUUUCUCUCCACCAACAUUUUGCCUGUAGUGUCUCCCCUUAAUACUUCUUUUUGGGUUUUUUUUUUUUUUUUUUAAAUCAACAAAUGGGACAUGACUUGUGUUAGUUGCUGACUGAUGUGAUCGUGUUUUGGAUCUUGAACCAUUUUUAUGAGCCACAGUCCUGCAGUGUGAGCGCAUCUGGUGCAGGUUGGCUGGUCAGGAAGCGUGAAGACAGCGAUCACAGCUGGACUGAUGUUUGAUGCAGCAACUAGUGAAGCCUUCGAUACGAAGAUGUUCUAGAAGGAUGGAGCUUCUGUGCCACAAGGAAUUGGUAGAAAUGCUGAGGCUCCACCACUCCUUGCCGUUUUGGAGAAACAAGCUGGAAACAAGGAAGUCUAAAUGCAAGGUGUCCGUUUUUAGGUUUUUUGUUUCUUUUUAAAAACAAAUAAAAUACGAUUUUUGUUUUAAUGCUCAUGUAA